AUGGUGAAUGGUUUCUUUUUGAAUAAUGAACUGACCGAUUUUUCAUUCGCUGCUGCUGAUGGCGAUGGCAAUCCAAUCGCUAACCGUGUGCAAGGUGGCAAACGUCCUCGCAGCAGCAUGUCGCCCACCAUUGUCAUGAAGGAAGGAGUAGGUACUACUACUACAACACCAAAACUGCUCAGUGGAUCGCCUGGUGGCGGGAAUAUCAUCGCAUACACCGCACAAUCGUUGUGGAGUGUACUCGAAUUUGGAAUGGACCCACAAGCGGCAAUCAAUGUCCCCCAUUAUAUGAACAACAAUGGCGGGACGAGCUUGGAAGAUCCGACUUCUGCUGAAGGAUUGAUGGACUACGAUGCGGAAGCCUUGAAGAUGACUCUCGAAACCGAAUUUGGACAUGAAUCUGUCAGUAUUGCGAAUGACUUGACUAGUGGUUUGGCAAUGAUCUUGGUCGAGGAUGAGUAUUGGAUUGGUGGUGCUGAUCCACGUCGGGGUGGAGCAGUUGGUCCAAAUAUCGGAAAUGAUUGCGCUGACAAUAAUAGUACAAUGGUGACAGCUCCACCAACCCCUAGUCCAAAUGCCGGUGGGAUGACAACCUCUCCACCAACCCUCAGUUCCGAUUCCGAAAGCACUCCUCCCGCAACCGCAAGUGACGACGAGUCUGGUAGUGCUUGCAACUCGAUUGUGGUGGGUCUUCUUUUGUCUACAGCCGCAUCGGCCUUUUUGCUUGCAUGCACCCUCGCAUAA